GUGGCACAAUCCACCGUGUCACAGCAGUUUCUUUCUCUUCUCCGCCCACAGUUCUUUUUAAUUGGUUUGAGAAAUUGAGAUGCCAAUGCUCUCUCUCUCAUGUAUAUCGACCCUCUUCUAUUCGCACACCUACUCUUCUUCUGUUCAUCUUUGUAAUCAUUUUAUCCCAGUAUUGUAAUGAUUUUUGAAUGUUCAUCAAUCUUUUUUUUCUUUACCCAUGUUUAAAUCUUUUAGAGCGACUAUGUCUCAUCAGAUCUAAUUGGUCAUUGCAAAUCAAUAUUCUUGUCCGCUUCUUUUUUUUGCUACCGUUGAAGAAUUCGAUCUAAUUUUCCUUCUUGGAUCAUUGGGACUCUGGGUUUUUGUGCACAAAUUAGGAUUGUCGUUUUUGGGUGAAAAUUAUAUCUCUAUACAGCUUUAUCUACUAUAUUCUUAUCUGGGUUUCUUUCAACUUGAUACAAAAACUGAUUGAAAAUCCCAAUUUUUUUCUGUGAUUUUUGGGUGUUUGAUUUGGGGUGUCUGUCUGAAAUAUGGUUACAGUGAAUGUUGGGAUGCUCCAUUAUGUGUUGGAUCAUGUAUAUGGUGCAUUUGUUCACAGAACAAAGAUAACUCCGCCAUUCUUUUCAAGAGGAUGGGGUGGUUCAAAGCUCGAUCUAUUGGAGAGAUUGAUCAAGCAGCUAUUCCCUGAUUUUGAAGGCCAAAGCUGGCCACCCAAUUUGGUCCAACCCACCUGGAGAACAGUCUGGGAAACCAAGACUGCUUGUUUGAAAGAAGGUGUUUUUAGGACUCCUUGUGAUGAACAGCUUCUCAGUGCAUUGCCUCCUGAGAGUCACAAUGCUAGGGUUGCUUUCCUCGUCCCUAAAUUUGUGCCGCCGCAGAAGAUGGCCUGCGUGGUUCAUCUUGCAGGCACCGGGGACCAUACGUUUGAGCGGAGAUUGCGUCUUGGUGGACCAUUGUUGAAGGAAAACAUAGCAACCAUGGUGCUUGAGAGUCCUUUUUACGGACGAAGGCGUCCAGUGCUGCAGCGUGGUUGUAAACUCUUGUGUGUUAGUGACUUGCUGUUAUUGGGAAGAGUUACCAUUGAAGAGGCUCGUAGUCUUUUGUAUUGGUUAGACUCCGAGGCAGGUUUUGGCAAGAUGGGUGUUUGCGGACUUAGCAUGGGCGGAGUACAUGCUGCUAUGGUUGGAUCUCUGCACCCCACCCCUAUUGCUACUCUCCCAUUUCUCUCUCCCCACUCUGCUGUUGUGGCAUUCUGUGAAGGGAUAUUAAAGCAUGCCACUGCAUGGGAGGCAUUGAGAGAGGAUCUUACCCUGCAGGAGGCUGCAAUGACGCUCGAGGAAGUAAAAGAGCGGAUGCGAAAUGUGUUGUCUCUCACAGAUGUCACACGCUUUCCAAUUCCCAAAAAUCCCCAGGCUGUUAUAUUUGUUGCUGCUACUGAUGAUGGAUACAUCCCAAAACACUCUGUGCUGGAGCUUCAAAGAGCUUGGCCAGGCUCGGAAGUGAGGUGGGUCACUGGCGGGCACGUCUCAUCAUUCCUCCUCCACAAUGGUGAGUUCCGCAAGGCAAUUGUCGACGGGCUCAACAGAUUACAGUGGAAGGAGUCUCCCUUGUGAAGAAGUGACGCAUUAACUCGCUUGGUAUUCUUUUUCACCUCUAAUUAUUUUCACUUCAAUCUGUAGAGUGGAUUAUUGCUGAUGUCUCAAAAAAAAAAAAAAAAAAAAAAAAAAAAAAAAACAA